GGUGUGUAGCCGAGCUGCAGGAGCGUAUGUGUGGCCUACAAGGGGAGAUGGAGGCUGAGUGUGAGCGGUUCAGACAGUCCCAGGAUGCUCUAGCCAACGCCAGGAGAGACCUGACCACCAGAGAACAGAGUCUACAGAGGGCCAAGGACGAACUGAGCCUCGCUCACAUGCGCAUCUCACAGGGGAGCGAUCGGGCCCAGUCGUUGGAGCAGCGUGGGAAGCAGCUGCAGGAGGAACUGAAGUGUCAGAGACAGAACACUGAGAGCAGCCGCCUGCAGCACCAGCAACGCACCAGAGACCUGGACAAGCAACACCAGAGGGUUAGGGGGGGGUGGGUGUGUCUGAGGGUUGCAUGCACCCCUCCACUGUGCGUUAGAUGAUCUGGAG